UUACGAAACAAAGUACAAGUAGCAAGUAGCUAGGCAUCUCCUUCUCCUCUCGCAGACCCAUCAAAGCAGCUGGGAUAUAAAAGCACAUCUACCGAGGAUUAGUUCCAACCAUGUCGUUACAGAACACUACUCGGACCGUCCUUCGACGGACAACUAGAUCGAUCCCUUCGAUCGCGCUCGUCCGACCGACCCUGCUAUCUUCCCGACAAACCCCAAACCGAUCGGAGCGAAUCGCUUCACCAUCUUCACGUUCAUCUUCGCUAUACGGCAGACGAAGUUUCUUCUCGUUGACGGACGUGGCGAAGCUCAUACCUGGAUCGUCUCCGGCUCAGGAGGAGGAGAAGCAGGUAUUCCAUGCGAGGAAGAUCUUGCCAUAUACGCAGAACCAGCUGUACUCGCUGGUCUCGGAUAUUCCCUCGUACUCGACCUUUAUUCCCUUCUGUACGACCUCCCAGAUCCUGUCUUCCAACUCGUCCCCCUCGGAUCCCUCUUACCAAUCCUCGAAUGCGUCCUUCCAGCCGUCAGAAGAGUCGCAGCAACAAGAUCUCAAGGCGAUGGUUCAGGCCGGUUUGGAAUUUGAUGUCAAGGCGGAGUUGGAGGUCGGGUUCGGGGCGUUCGUGGAGAAGUUUGUCAGUCGGGUGGAAGGGCGACCUGGCGAGAUGGUCAAGGCAACGGUCGAUGAUUCGCCUCUGUUUCACAAUCUCCAGACGACAUGGUCAUUCCAGCCCGCUUCUCCUUCAUCUCCUCACCCAACAACAACGGAUUUGACCUCGCCAUCCAACACCCCUGAGGGGACUAUGUCGCCGUCAACAUCGACCUCUAGCCCUUCUGUACCUCAUCCGACCAAGCCCGCAGACCACAACAACUCGCCGACCUUGCUCACCAUCGACCUGUCGUUCUCGUUCGCCAACCCGCUACAUAGGAUCGCUUCGCAGGCUUUCCUGCCCAAAGUUUCCGAUCUGAUGGUCGAAGCGUUCGAGAAGCGUUGCGUACAGGUGUACGGCAAGGGCAAAAACUGAGAACAUCCCGCGAAAAGAACGAGGAAUCAUCAAUCCAGCCU